AUGUAUAAUCAAGUUCGCGUACGCUCGCCAGAUCAAAGCUUCCAACGGUUCUUGUGGCGGAGACCCGGCAGCACAGAAGCGCCGAAAACCUACCAAAUGAUGGUCCAGGUAUUCGGUUUAAUUUCGUCUCCGACGUCGUGUUUGUAUGCUUUACAGCACGCAGCAAAUAAUCACAAAAAAUUCCGGUACGUAGGAGGAAUCAUAGCUAAAAGUUUCUAUGUUGAUAACUAUAUCGACUCGUUCGAGACGGAGGAACUAGCUAUAGAGACUGUUUCUCAAGUCAUAAAAGUAUUAGCGGAUGGAGGGUUUAGGCUCAACCAAUGGGUUUCGUCGUCACGUGCAGUCCUUUCUUCGAUACCUGCAAGUGAAAGAGUACAUCAGACCCUGAAUUUGGAUCUGGAUGACCUCCCAGUUGAGCGCUCACUUGGUGUUUUGUGGGAUUGCCAGCACGACUGUUUCAAAAUCACCACCCGCCAGCCAGGAAUAGUCCGAACGAAGCGAGAAAUGCUGGCAGAAAUAGCAAGAAUAUUCGACCCGUUAGGAUUUCUCCUUCCCACUACGACGUACGCCAAAGUAUUGUUCCAACAGGUAUGGAAGAUGACGCGCCAAAACCUGAAUGAUCCGUCAAAACGGGAACCACUUCAGUGGGAUGAGAUGCUGCCCGAUCAUGUGGUCAAAAAAUGGGAUCUUUGGAGAAUGGAAUUGAUGCAUUUAGAAGACGUUCGUGUGCCAAGAUGCUUCCGUGAUAAACCUUUCCCAUCAUCAACUACUCGUUUCGAGCUUCAUGUUUUCUGUGACGCAUCAGAAGUUGCAUUUGGCGCAUGCUGUUACUUACGGAUGGAGUGUGAAGAAAAUGUUGACACCAAGUUUGUAUUUGCUAAGUCAAGAGUUGCGCCAAUUAAAAGUUUAUCCAUCCCACGUUUAGAAUUACAAGCUGCCGUGUUAGCGACGCGGAUUGCCGUAUCGGUGAAGAAAGAACUGAGACUUCCAAUCCAUUCAACCCUGUUUUGGACCGACUCGGAAGUAGUGUUAAAGUGGUUAAAAUCAGAGCAUCGGCGCUAUUCUCAAUUUGUGCACCACCGAAUUAACGAAAUCACGGAGACGUCCAGCAAUGAAGAAUGGAGAUUCAUAAGUGGGCGUGAAAACCCAGCCGACGAUUGUAGCCGUGGUCUUCGCCCAACAAAGCUGGACAAUCAACACCGAUGGUUUACGGGUCCACCCUUUAUACAGAGGCCAGUCAGUCAAUGGGCACAGCAGGACCACCGACAAGAGCCAACAGCAGAAGAACUAGAGGUAAUGAAGGAAAGGGUCGUCUUAUCAACUUCGAUUCAGACCGACCCCAUCGCUAAUUUAUUCAACGACCGUUCGAGCUUAGAAGAACUCAUUUCAGCCGUCAUCGACAUAAAAAAGGGAACUGAAGACAAAGACCAGGAAAAGCAAGAAAGAGCAACUACCGUAGCAGAGAGAGAAGAAGCCCGGCGAACCCUCAUCCAUAAAAUGCAAGAAGCAUGCUUCGAAAAAGAUGUGAAAACGCUGAUAGCUGGAAAGCAAUUAAAGAAAACUUCACGACUAUUAAAAUUGACACCCGUUUAUUGA